GCUAUGGACAACAAAAUUAAGGCUAUGGACAAAAACUGGGACAAGACUAUUGGGCUAGUCCGCUUAUAGUGGACACCCUUAUAUACACAACAAAAAUAACAUGAUUGCACCAAAAACUCAUGGGAUUCCAAACAAAUCAUUGAUCUAACAAAAUCAAACCAAUAGAACCUCAUAUACACGCUAAAAACAUGUCUAAAAACAUGAUUGCACAAAACACACUUAUUCAUAAGACCUCACAACGAAUGUCAUCAUAUUUAUCAAUUCAAAACUGGCAGAACUAAGACACAUUAAACAAAUCAAGUUGACUUGAUAUACUAAUUGAGAGAGAGUAAAAAUUGUCAUGCUGUCUUGACUCUUGAGCUUGAACAUUUAUGACUUGUAGGGGGCAAGCAAUAUCACAAUUGACAAGUAAAUAAGAAAAGUAAAAACAUAAAAAAUUCAGCACACAUUCUUUGCUAAAUUAAUCAAGCAUCGCAUCAUUCAUGAUGGAGAACACCCAAUUAGACCAUCUAAAAAUUCCCACUAUCAUUAACUACUGAAUAUUUUUUGAAAGAAUCGGGAACUGGAAUCUACCCAAGAUCGUUAUAAACUUGUUCCGCUUGCGUAUUAACCGCUGAUUCGAAGCCAAAUUCUUGUCCCAAACGACACCACAACUCAGUCAGCACUCAGCAGAAUCCAUUUUUGGAAGGUAUUUUAAAGAGAGAGGGAGCAGAGCCCAUCUCUCUCUCUCUCUCUCCAUAUAUAGGUUUGUAUUGAAAGGGUGUUGUAUACGACAAUGGGAGAAGAGAGGGAUGGCGGGAAUAAAAAGGCGGCGGCUUUGGUGAAUGGAUUAAUAGAAGGGAUGCCUGUUUUCGUGAAGGAGCUGAUUGCCGGUGGUGUGGCUGGUGGGUUUGCCAAGACCGUCGUAGCCCCUCUUGAACGCGUCAAGAUCUUGUUUCAGACCAGAAGAUCUGAGUUCCAUAGUCUUGGUUUGUUGGGAUCCUUCUCAAAAAUUGCAAAAACAGAAGGGGUGCUUGGUUUUUAUAGAGGGAAUGGAGCUAGUGUUGCUCGCAUUGUUCCUUACGCGGCACUGCAUUACAUGGCUUAUGAAGAAUAUCGAAGAUGGAUCAUCUUGGGCUAUCCUGACGUGGGGAGAGGCCCUGUCCUUGACCUCGUAGCUGGAUCGUUUGCGGGAGGAACAGCUGUGCUAUUUACAUAUCCUCUCGAUUUAGUUCGGACGAAACUGGCUUAUCAGGUUGUUGAAUCCUCGAAGACCGCUGUACAGAGGCAUGCUCGGAAAGAUAUAAUCUACAACGGGAUCCGGGAUUGCUUCUCCCGGAUAUACAAAGAGGCUGGCAUGAGAGGCCUCUAUAGAGGCGUUGCUCCAUCGCUGUACGGGAUCUUUCCUUACGCUGGACUGAAAUUCUACUUCUACGAGGAAAUGAAAAGGCACGUCCCCGAUGAUCGCAAGAAGGACAUCGCGGUUAAGCUAGUGUGUGGCUCGGUUGCAGGCUUACUCGGACAAACAUUCACGUACCCUCUUGAUGUCGUCAGGCGGCAAAUGCAGGUCCAACGGCUUAUAAUAUCCGACAGCAGUCCUACGAAAGGGACUGUUGAAUCUCUUGUCGCGAUUGUCCGGAUGCAAGGAUGGAAGCAGUUAUUCUCUGGGCUCAGCAUCAACUACCUCAAGGUCAUGCCUUCGGUCGCAAUCGGAUUCACUGUCUACGAUGUUAUGAAGGCGUCACUAAGAGUUCCGUCGAGAGACGAGGGCGUGACCGGGGUUUCGUCGGGGCGACGACACGGGCAGCCGUCGUCGAUUCCUUCAUCACCUUCAUUAUCUCAAACUCAACGAUAGUCUCUCAUUCUUUGCUAAGGUAUAUGGUUGAAUGCCAUCUCCAACAUAUAGGAUCAUUUAGUUAAGUAUAUAUAUACACACACAUGUACACUAGUGAAUUACUUCAAGAUUGAAUAUAGGCAUUUAUUUGAGUCAAGCAAGCUUGCUAUUGUUCAACUCAUUUAUUUGGUUUUAUUAUAAUUAAUUCUAUAGUUAAAUACCCUUAAAA